CUUUUCGGCUAAACUUAAGUAUGUGAAGCGCCCUCCGUCUACUGCCUUUCACUCCAACCAACCCUCAACAUCCUGGCCUCCAGUACUGUCUUUAUCUCAUCCAUUAAGUAUAAUUCUUAUCAACCUUCAAACUCAUGGCGCAACCACAGACCCCGGAGAGCUUUGUAAAUAAAGAGAAGCUCGUACCACCUCACGUCUCUGUCAAGGAAGAGCACGUUCUGUCUGAGUCGCAGACUUCCCAACCUUGUACGAAACCGGAAAAUGACGGUCGUCAGCCAGUACCACUGACUUGGAAGCUUGCCUCCAUCGUCCUCGUCACUGCAAUUGGCUUUGGGUCGCAAUGGAGCUCUGGUGUGACCUCGGCCAUGAAAAGCACCAUCAAGAAAGAGCUGCAUAUCAACAAUACCCAAUUCUCCCUCUUGGAAGCUAGUGAGGAUUUCAUGGUUACUGCUUUGAUGCUUGUUAGUGGUAUUGUAACUGAUAGGAUUGGUGGAGCCGGCGCCAUGUUGUAUGGCAAUCUCAUCUAUUCCAUCGGAUCCAUCUUGGUAGCUGGGGCAGCCCAGACUCGAUCAUACAAGUUCAUGAUGGCUGGCAGGGUGGUGCGAGCUCUUGGGGACAUUGCCACCCAAGUUGCCCAGUAUAAGGUUUUCUCGUCUUGGUUUGCACCUGGAAAUGGGUUUGCCUCAACGUUAGGCUUUGAAUUAGGGAUUGGUAAGAUUGGGGCCUUUGCCGGUAAGUCUUCAGCGAACAUCAUCUCCAAGAAGCUAGGCUUUGCCUGGGUUUUCUGGAUUGCGGUAUUUAUGAACAUUUUCACCAACGUCAUGACCGGUGUCUUCUAUUUCUUCACCAAGGUUGCCAACCGCCGCUAUCACGGUAUUAAUGAUCCAGCCACUGGCGAGAAGCUCACUGAAAAGACUCGCAAGUUUGAAUACCGCAAGGUACUGGAACUGCCGUGGACAUUCUGGGCUGUUAUGGGCUUCUCUUUGUUUGAAACAAGCGCUGCUAUUGUAUUCCUACAGAAUGCUACAGAACUUGCUGAACAAAGAUUUGGCACCGAUUCUAUUGCAGCGGGAUGGUACAGUUCUGUUUUACAAUACUCAGGUUUCUUUGUCGUUCCCUUGCUGGGAGUAUUCCUCGAUCUCUAUGGAAGCCGCAUUUCCGUCUUGGUCUUUUGUGGUAUUGGCAUGUUUAUCUCGAUGCUUCUGGUGUGCUUCUCAGGAGCUGUCAAAGGAACAGCCGCAUCAUUCGGCGUCUUCGCAUUCGCAUAUUGCUUCGGUCCUACCACGAUUAUCGAUAGCACACGUACAUCAAUGUGGGACAGUACUGUCUUUGGCUCCGCUUAUGCCAUCAAGAUCACAAUGAACAAUGCAAUGAACAUCAUUGUCCGAAUUAUCACUGGAAAGAUUCAGGACGCUGAUAACAACUCCUACGAUAAGGUGACAAUCGUCUAUGUUAUCCUUGCCGGACUUUCCGUCCUCGUAUCGCUACUGCUCGCGUUUGGAGCGUGGAUAUCCGUGGACCUAGGACACCUCCAAUGGUCACGAAAGAAGAGAAUUGCUCGGGGAGACUUACUCAACGAAAGGAAGGCCAUCUUUACCAAGGAGAACGGUGAAAAGAACAGGCGGGUGUCUCUGGCUUGCUUCGCUGCCUUGAUUUUCUUGAUUAUGGGUAGCUGGUGUGGAUACUUCUGGGGGGUUGCCACUGGAAACAAUGAUUAAGCUGGCUGUAAUUGGGACUUUUGGACUGGCCAGCGUCUCGAGUAUUAAUAGUUGGGGGCGAGGGUUAUCUGAAGAGGGCUUGUAGACUAUCGAUAAUCUGAACUCCAAGAUGAAAACAAACAGAGAAAUACAAGUUGUAGAAAAUUGACGGAUUAUCGGACUGUCGUUACCAAAUACACCACUUACCCACUAUUUUGACCUCAUCAAAAGACUUGCAAAAACGUUAUUGCAUAGCCGAUG